AACAAUACAACCUCCUAUUGGUAUCAAGGAGACUCUACUACAAAGACACAGAGAAAGAUUCACCAUGAUGCGGGAGAAGCUACAAGACAUUCUGCUCAAGGAUGGAAUCAACCCACCUAUUGCCCUUGCUGUUGCCUGUGGCUCAGUCACAGUGGUUGUGCUAUGGAAAUGGGUGAUACGUAGAGAGAUUCAGAGGAAAAUGAAAGAAGCCCGACAAUGGCGAAAUGGCAGUCUAGAACAAAUGGAAAAAGUUGCUUGGAAGCUUAAACAGAAGAAUCCUGGAAUCCAGUCAGAAUUUAUCCUCUCUUUGACACUAACAGAAGUGGCAGAAAAGCUCAGAGAGGAAAAACUUUCUCCAGAGAGUGUCCUGUAUACCUAUAUAAAAAAGGCUCUUGAAGUAACCCAGGAGGUGAACUGUGUGACAGAUUUUCUUCAUGGAUGUGAGGAACAGCUCCAGCACCUGAAGAAACAAAAUGAGAAAGGCUUGCUGUAUGGAAUUCCUGUCAGCAUUAAGGACCACAUUGGAUACAAGGGACACAUCUCUACCUGUGGCUUGGUGCAGUAUCUUGACAAAGUAGAGGCCGAUGACAGCGUGAUAGUAAAAGUUUUGAAGAAACAAGGAGCAAUUCCAUUUGUGAAAACUAACAUUCCUCAGAGCAUGAUAAACUAUGAUUGCAGUAACUUAAUCUUUGGUCAAACAAAAAACCCUUUGAACCACAAGAAAAGUCCUGGUGGGUCCUCUGGAGGAGAAGGGGCACUGAUUGCAGGAGGUGGAUCCCUCUUGGGUUUUGGGACAGAUGUUGCUGGAAGCAUUCGCCUGCCCUCCAGCUUCUGUGGGCUUUGUGGACUCAAACCAACAGGCUCUCGGUUAAGCACCCUGGGUCUUGCUAGUCCAGUGGCAGGCAUGAAGUCAGUGAUUGCAACGAUCGGUCCAAUGGCAAGAGAUGUAGAUAGUCUGGCUCUGUGCAUGAAAGCUCUCUUAUGUGAUGAGUUAUUCCACCUGGAUCCUUCAGUACCCCCUUUGCCAUUCCGAGAAGAGAUUUACACCAGUUCAAAUCUCCUUCGGAUUGGAUACUACCAAGAUGAUGGAUAUUUCCAGCCUUCCCCAAGCAUGAAAAGGGCUGUUCAGGAAACAAAAAAACUUCUUCAGGCUGCAGGCCACACACUCAUCCCCUUUGUCCCCCCUCGACUUAACUAUGUAGUGGAUGAGCUUUUCACUAAAGGCAUCUUUUCUGAUGGAGCUGCAAAUUUACUGGAUAAAUUCAAAGGGGAUAUUGUUGAUCCAGUUUUGAAAUCCCAGAUUAACUGCUACAGUAUUCCCAUUGUUCUGAAAAGGAUUUUGGCAUUCAUCUUAAAACCAGUGUACCCCCGGAUUGCCAGAGAUCUCAAUGCAUUAUGUGGAGUUGGAUCAGCCAAAAACCUUUGGAAGCAACACGCAGCAGUGGCGGCUUACCGUGAAGAAUUCAUUGCUGAGUGGAGGAAGCUGAAAUUGGAUGUCAUCCUCUGUCCAGUCCUGGCACCAGCUUUUAAUGAAGGCUAUCCCGGGAAAUUGUUUGCUGCUACUUCAUACACUAAUUUAUACAAUGUCUUGAACUUCCCUGCUGGUGUUGUGCCAGUCACCACGGUCACCCAGGCUGAUGAAGAGGAGCUGAAACAAUACCAAGGUCAUUAUGCUGACCCCUGGGAUAAACGGCUGAAAGAGGCUGUCACGGAUGCUGUGGGUCUCCCUGUAGCUGUCCAGUGUGUGGCUUUGGCUUGGCAGGAGGAACUGUGCCUUCGGUUCAUGAAGGAAGUUGAGACCCUCACACGCAACAACAGACUGAAAGCGUGAUCUGUUGCGCAGGCUAAUGGUUUCUCUUCAGAUUGGACAGCCUGGUGCAGAAAAAUGGAAAAUAAUAAACAGUUCAGCAUAGCACAA